AUGGCUGGUGUGAUGAACCCUGCAAUGGCCUCAUGGAAGGACAAUUCGCAAAAUUAUCUCGGAAAAGUUCAGAUAGUAUUACCAUGGCGAUCUUUACAAAUGCUUCUUCCACAUCGCGUGCGCCGGAAACUACGGUCAAAGCUACGAAGUCGCGUCUCCGCCACCUCUGCAAUAACGUCCCUGAACACCUCGGCCUCCCCCCUGGACACCCUAAAGACCCUACAAGCUCAUCAGUGGACCAUAUAUGACGGACAGUACUUGUUGCUCCUCUUUUUGGGCAUCUUUUCUCUUUGCGUCAUGGAGUCGCCAGGCCCUUUUCUCAAGACCUUAGUCUCCUUUGCCUUGAUAACCUCCUUAAUUUUCCCGGUCACCUGUCAAUUCUUCCUGCCCUUCCUCCCUAUUGCUGCAUGGCUCAUAUAUUUCUACGCUUGCCAAUUUAUUCCCAGCGACUGGCGGCCCCCAAUAUGGGUGCGGGUCCUUCCAGCGCUAGAAAACAUCUUUUACGGUGCCAAUUUGAGUAAUAUUCUCUCCGCUCGCCAGAGUACCUUUCUAGAUAUUUUGGCCUGGUUUCCGUACGGAAUCAUGCAUUACGCCUCCCCUGCGCUAUGCGCCAUAAUUAUAUUUAUCUUCGGACCCCCUGGGAUGACUCCAAUAUUCGCUCGAACCUUUGGAUUCAUGUGUAUUACUGCAGUCACUAUACAAUUUUUGUUUCCGUGUUCUCCCCCAUGGUACGAGAAUCUCUAUGGCUUAGCCCCCGCCCACUACGGAAUUCCCGGAUCUCCCGGUGGACUGGCCCGAAUCGAUGAAAUUUUCGGCAUAGAUCUAUACACGUCCGGUUUCAAGGCAUCACCGGUACCGUUUGGCGCCUUUCCAUCCCUACAUGCUGGAAACGCAACUCUCGAAUCGUUAUUUUUGAGCCUUAUAUUCCCCAAACUUCGACCAGCAUUUAUCAUGUACACCGCCUGGCUGUGGUGGUCCACGAUGUACCUUUCGCAUCAUUACGCAGUGGAUCUGAUAGGUGGUGGCCUCCUAGCGGCCGUCUCUUUCUAUUUCGCGAAGUCAAGAUUCAUCCCACAAGUUCAGAAUGACAAGUCAUUCAGGUGGGACUACGAUUAUGUGGAGGUCGGGGAAUCGCCAAGUACACACGGCUAUGACUUGGCAAACCUGAAUGCUGAUAUACAUCACGAUAACGACGAAUGGGCAAUGGGAUCUUCUUCCUCCAUAUCAUCUGGUUCGCUUAGCCCCGUGGACGAAGCUCAAUCCCUCUGGGAUGGGGAGACGUUAGGCGCCAACUCCGAUCUCGAAGCAGGUCGCUAA